AUGCCGCGCCGGGAUCUCCAGGGCCCGCCCCACCGCCGCCCACGGCAUGGCCGCCCGCACCCGCUCCACCGCGCUGCGCGCCGCGGCGGCCUCCGCCCUGGCGCUGGCCCUCCUCGGCUGCGGCCCUGGCUUCCUGGCGGCGCCCGCCCGACGCGCCCCCCCCCAGGGGCAGCCCCUGGCGGUGGCCGCCGGCGCCACGCUCCUGGCCGCCACGCCCCUGCCGGCCCACGCCGGCGGCAUGUUCGACUUCGGCCUCACCCUCCGACCUUCGUGGCCAUCACGUUCCUCACCAUGAUGGCCACCCUCAACGCCCUGUGGUACGCGCCAGUCGGCGACGAAAUGGAGGACAGGAACGCCAAGCUGCUUGAGACCCUGUCCUUGGCGACCGACAAGCUCACCAAGGCGGACGCGAUCCAGGUGGAGUACACCGAGAAGAUCCGCGAGGCCCGCGAGAAGGCCUCGGCGGCGGUCUCGGACUACCGCAAGGAUCGAUCGAGAAGGGGAUCAAGGCGAAGCUCGCCGCCGCGACGUCCCAGAGGGCGGCCCAGGCCUCCGCCCUCCAGGCCAAGCUGGAGGCCGAGGUGA